UCGUGCCCGCGUUUGGCGCUUGGGCGAGGGCGCGUCGGUGCGCGCGCAGCGGGCGAGGACGGGAGGGGGAGAGAGGGCAUCCCCGGCGGCCGUUGUCGGGUUCGACCGGAGGGCCGGAGAAGUCACCUGCGAGCGGCAGCGCCCGCCGUGUCCGGAUCGCGCCGGCCUCGCGGGGCCCCGCACACCCUGCGAGGCUGGGGGCCGGGGAACAGGCAGAGUGAGUCCGCGCUCGCAGUCGCCGACGACGAGGAGGGGAGUCGCAGCCUCGGCGCCGCCGCCCGCGCCGGGCCGGGUUAUUAGCAAAAGAUGGUGGAUCGCCUAGCAAACAGCGAAGCAAACACUCGACGCAUAAGUAUCGUGGAGAACUGCUUUGGAGCCGCCGGUCAGCCCUUGACCAUCCCUGGACGGGUCCUUAUUGGAGAAGGAGUAUUAACUAAGCUGUGCAGAAAAAAGCCUAAAGCAAGGCAGUUUUUCCUAUUUAACGAUAUUCUUGUAUAUGGUAAUAUUGUUAUCCAGAAGAAAAAAUACAACAAACAACAUAUUAUUCCCUUGGAAAAUGUCACCAUUGAUUCCAUCAAAGACGAAGGUGACUUACGGAAUGGAUGGCUUAUUAAGACACCAACUAAAUCGUUCGCAGUUUAUGCUGCCACCGCCACUGAGAAGUCGGAGUGGAUGAAUCACAUAAAUAAGUGUGUCACUGAUUUACUCUCCAAGAGCGGGAAGACCCCCAGUAACGAGCAUGCUGCUGUCUGGGUGCCUGACUCUGAGGCCACCGUGUGUAUGCGCUGUCAGAAAGCAAAAUUCACUCCAGUUAAUCGGCGGCACCAUUGCCGCAAGUGUGGCUUUGUUGUUUGUGGUCCCUGCUCUGAAAAGAGAUUUCUUCUUCCUAGCCAGUCUUCUAAGCCUGUGCGGAUUUGUGACUUCUGCUACGACCUGCUUUCCACUGGGGACAUGGCCACAUGCCAGCCUACUAGAUCAGACUCUCACAGUCAGUCCUUGACGUCUCCUUUACAUGAUGUGUCUGAUGAUGAUGAAGAUGAUGAUAGCAGUGACUGAGGACAUGCUUUGAAU